AUGAGCAGAACAGCGGCUAGAAGCAAACAUGCCUCUCGGGGGGAAGGCGCGGUGGAUGAAGUCAGGCCCGGGGACACACUUCCAUCCAAGGUUCCCCGGCAGAUCACCGUCUACGAUGCUGUCGCCGGGCGGGCAGGUCUGAACGGGUUCCUGACCCAGCAACAGAGGCUGUCGGAAAACGUUUUGCCCAUCUCACCGGAAGCAGUCUUUCUCGGCCGGACCACCGUUCCGGAGGACGUGAUCCACCAACAAUACGAUUUGUCGAGCACGCUGCCUGGCUCGAGCAAGCUACCAGAGUCCGAGAUGCUCAAGGCGAUCCAUACCUACGCGUCUGAUUUCUACGCCUCGGCCGCGGCACAAGGAGGCAAGUUCGACUUCAAGUCUCUUGACGAGACGGCGCUCAUUGCCAUCGGGGUUCUUCUGGAGGAAGCAGUCAAAGAAGCCCUCGGCCAGAACGGGGACAUGGUCUUCGUGGAGCCUGAGGGUCUGGAAAACGGACUGGGGGAGACAAAAUUGACCAAGUACCAGGUCCAGGGUAGGGUGAGGCCAGCGAGAGCUGCCGGCCUCGAGCAGGAUGAUGAUCAGGACGAGGACAGUUUGCGAGAGGACGAGUCACCAGCUAAAAAGCAGCGACGUUGA